AAAACAUUUACUCUUGUUAUGUAACGAUGGACCAGAAGCUAUGGGCGGCUGUCUUUCAUCUAUCAUGACUCUGGAAGACGGCCACUGAAACUGUGUUUUGGUUUAAAGACUCUUCAGCUACAGGACGGUGCCACACUGAGCUGUGACCAGAUGGAGGUGAAUGUGGUUAAAAAACGCCAUCGCACACGAUCCAAAGGAGUCAGAGCCGCCGUGGAAGCCGUGACUCAGGAGUUAUUCAGCUGUCCCACUCCGGGCUGCGAUGGCAGCGGUCACGUCAGCGGGAAGUACGCCAGACACCGCAGCGUCUACGGCUGCCCGCUGGCCAAGAAGAGGAAGGCUCUGGAAAAACAACCGCUGGAGCCGGCUGCCAAGAGGAGGCCCUUCCUCACCUCCUGCACAGGGGAGGAGGAGGCCGGCGCCUACACCAGCUAUGGGAAUGGAGCCAUGAAGGUGGGGGCGGAAGGGAAGGAGCAAGGGGAGGUAGCGGAGGAGGACGAGGAGGAAGAGGAGACGGAGAGAGAAGGCGACGAAGAUGGGGACGUGGAGGACGAGUUCUCGGAGGACAACGAGGAGCAGGAAGAGGAUGACGAGGAGGAAGUGGAGGUGGAGCGAGCGGGUACGACAAUGGGAGGACGGCGGGCGGAGGAAGAGGAGGACGACGACGACGACGAGGAGGAGGAGGGGAUGUAUGAGGAGGAGGAAGAAGUGGAGGAUGGUGACGAUGAGGAGGACGAGGAAGACGAGGAGGAAGAAGAGGAGGAGCAGCAUCGUCAGCAGAACCACUACAAACCCGGCGGACAAUCAAAGCUCCUUCCGAUUCAGAAGGACGACAACAACAACCACAGCUGCGCCAUCGGCGCCGGCAACGGCACCGGAGAGGAUUGCGAGAACUACGACGAGCUGGUUGCCAAGUCGCUGCUCAACCUGGGGAAGAUCGCGGAAGACGCCGCCUACCAGGCCAUGACCGAGUCCGAGAUGAACAGCAAUUCCUCCAACAGCGCAGGGGAGGACGAGGACGACGAGGAGUACGACGGCGGCCAUCGCGGCCGUCGGAAGGGCGAGCUGAGCGUGGACCUGGACAGCGACGUGGUCAGGGAGACGGUGGACUCCCUGAAGCUCCUGGCACAGGGACACGGCGCCAUGCUGCCCGAGGACGGCUACCCGGAAGGCGUCAUGCUGGACGACAUCGCCCACGCCAACGGGAGGCCCGGCGGAGGGGUGAGGGUUCAGGCGGAGGAGAGCGAGGAGGAGGUGUGCCUCAGCAGCCUGGAGUGCCUGAGGAACCAGUGCUUCGAUCUGGCUCGGAAACUGAGCGAGACGCAGGCGUGCGAUCACCCCGCCCUCCACGCGCUCCACCACCAACUCCAAAUCCCAACGGACCAUCAGGUGGUGCAUCACCUGAACAGGUACGACAGCUGUCAGCAGAGCGCGCAGGAGGAGCAGAGGUCUCUGGAACGCAGCUACUCCGACAUGGUGAACCUGAUGAAGCUGGAGGAGCAGCUGAGCCCGGGGUCCAGAGGUUACCCCACCAGCUGCAGCCAGGAGGGCGACGAGGACACCACGUCGGUGGCCUCCGACCGCUCGGACGAGACUUUCGACAUGGCCAAGGGGAACCUGUCGCUGCUGGAGAAGGCCAUCGCCCUGGAAUCGGAGAGGGCGAAGGUCAUGAGGGACCGCAUGGCCUCGGAGCACUCGUUGCCCCGUCGGGACCACCACCACCACCACCACCGGGGCCACGGCGAGCACGGCUCCCGGCUGAGCUGCACCGGCGAGGAGCGCAAGUCCAGGAUGCACCACGACGGGUUGAAGAGGGCGUACUACCCGAAAGACUCGUCCAGGGGGGAGAAGAAGGAGAGCAAGUGUCCGACGCCGGGCUGCGACGGCACCGGUCACGUGACGGGUCUGUACCCGCACCACCGCAGCCUGUCCGGGUGUCCUCACAAAGACCGGGUCCCGCCUGAGAUCCUUGCCAUGUAUGAGAAUGUUUUAAAGUGCCCCACUCCCGGCUGCUCUGGACGGGGUCAUGUCAAUAGCAACAGGAACUCGCACCGCAGUCUGUCCGGCUGUCCCAUCGCUGCCGCAGACAAGAUGGCGAAGGUCCACGAGAAGAUCCUCCCGACGGAGAGCGGCAGUAAGACCAAUCAGACGUCAGACCGCGUCCUCAGGCCGAUGUGCUUCGUCAAGCAGCUGGAGAUCCCUCAGUACGGCUACAAGAACAACGUGCCCACCAGCACGCCGCGGUCCAACCUGGCCAAGGAGCUGGAGAAAUACUCCAAGACCAGCUACGACUACGGCGGCUACGACGGCCAGCAGGGCGGCUACGGGAAGAGAGGCCCGGCCACCAAGGCCCACCACGGCCGAGACUCCUCCCCCAAAGGAUACGACGCUAAGCGCUACUGUAAGACGUCGAGCCCGGCCAGCAGCACGACCAGCAGCUACGCUCCCAGCAGCAGCAGCAGCCUGAGCUGUGGAGGAGGAGGAGGAGGUGGAGGAGGAGGUGGAGGAGGAGGAGGAGGAGGAGGAGGAAGCAGCGCCAGCAGCACCUGCAGUAAGAGCAGCUUCGACUACACCCACGACAUGGAGGCGGCCCACAUGGCGGCCACGGCCAUCCUCAACCUGUCCACCAGGUGCAGGGAGCUCCCUCUCGCUCUGGGAGGGAAACCCCAAGACCUAUCUUCCCUCCAGAGUCCCGUCGGCGACAUGGACGGCGGCGGCGGCGGCGCGGUGGACGUGACGGGUCAGCCCGGCGGGCCGGAGGGCAGUGGCUCGGUUCUGACCCCCCUGGAGCCCAUGUCGCCCCAGAGGCAGGCGCUGCUCAGCAGCCGCUGCUACCAGCUGAGCGACGCCGACUGCUGGGACCUGCCAGUGGACUAUACCAAGAUCAAACGCCUGGGGGACGAGCAGGACCACAAGGAGGGCGACGAGCUGGACCCCUUCCAGGAGCUGCUGGACGAGCAGCGCUACCCGGCCGAGGUCACCAUGCCGAGCCCCAAACACCACAAGUACCCGUCCUGUAAGGAGAGCAAGAAGGAGCUCAUCACGUUGUCAAGCUGCCAGCUGGCCGACAAGAACAUCCGCGGGAUGAUGACGACCAACUCUCAGGACCUCAGGUGUCCGACCCCCGGCUGCGAUGGAUCUGGACACAUCACUGGAAACUACGCCUCCCACAGGAGUCUGUCCGGCUGUCCACGAGCCAAGAAGAGCGGCAUCAAAAUCCUCCACAGCAAAGAGGAGAAGGAAGACCAGGAGUCAAUCAAGUGUCCGGUGCCGGGCUGUGACGGACAGGGUCACGUGACGGGAAAGUACGCCUCCCACCGCAGUGCGUCCGGCUGCCCCCUGGCGGCGAAGAGGCAGAAGGACAGCUACGUCAACGGCUCGCAGUUCGUCUGGAAGUCCGGCAAGACGGACGGCAUGAGCUGCCCGACGCCCGGCUGCGACGGCUCGGGACACGUCAGCGGGAGCUUCCUGACCCAUCGGAGCCUCUCCGGGUGUCCCCGGGCCACGUCGGCCAUGAAGAAGGCCCGGAUGAGCGGCGUGGAGAUGUUGACAAUCAAGCAAAGAGCAAGCAAAGGCAUCGAAAACGAUGAAGAAAUCAAACAGCUGGAUGAAGAAAUCAAAGAUCUGAACGAGUCCAACACUCAAGGGGAGUCCGACAUGAUAAAGCUGAGGACACAAAUCACCACCAUGGAGAGCAGCCUGAAGUCCAUCGAGGACGAGAACAAGGUGAUCGAGCAGCAGAACGACUCGCUGCUGCACGAGCUGGCCAACCUCAGCCAGUCGCUCAUCAACAGCUUGGCGAACAUCCAGCUUCCACACAUGGAGCCAAUGAAUGAACAGAACUUUGACACUUAUGUGAGUACAUUGACAGACAUGUAUACUCACCAGGACCAGUACCAGAGCCCGGAGAACAAGGCGCUGCUGGAGAACAUCAAACAGGCCGUUCAGGGCAUCCAGGUUUAG